AUGUCAAACUACGACCCGUACGAUCGGGAUUACUCUCGCCGCUAUGUGCGAGAGGAGCGUCGAGAAGACCCCCGUUAUCUCGACCCUCGAGAUUCCUUUAACUCAAAGACUCAUCGGGAGAUCGUUCCUCGAGGUCGCGAGGACAGCGACCUAUCGAUAGAAGAGGUCAGACGAGAAUUUCCCCCUCCUAGUACCCGUGAUAUUCGCCGGGCCCGAUCCGCCGGCCCAAACUACUACGAGGAAGAAUAUGAGUAUCGCCGAGGCUACGAUCCUCGCGAUCGCGACUAUGACCGCCGUUCCCAUCGAGGUCACUCCAGCCCUUACUACGAAGAUGAAGAGCGCGAGCGCAAGCACAAACCCAAGGGCAUGUCUAAGAAUGAGAAGAUCAUUGCAGCCGUCGCCGGUGCCGCUCUUUUGGCGGGUGGUAAGGAACUGUACGAUCGCCGCGAAGCUAAGGAGGAGCGCACUGAGAUUCAACGCAAUCCUCUGUCCACUGCAGCUCUUGCCGGAGUCGGUGCCUUGGCUGCCUACCAGGGUGCACAAUUCUACAACAAGCAGCAGGCCAAGAAGGAUCAAAAGGCUAACAUGAUCCUUCAACGUGGCCGCGACGGUUAUUAUAGUGAUUACUACUCUGAUGAGGACGAAAGUCCAAGGGAGAAGAAGGGACACAAGAACUUUCUCGAGAGCGCUAUCGCAGCUACAGGUCUCGGUGCUGCUGUCAAGAGUCUCACCGGUGGCGGCGGAGACGAUACCAGGAGCCGCCGGGGAGGUAGUCCCUCCAGCGAAAGAUCUCGUUCUCACGCUGGUGGCAGCGGGGCCAACAAAAUUCAAAAGGCAGCCAUGGCUUCCCUCCUUGCUGGUGCCACAGAGGCCUUUCGUGUUGCCAAGGAGCCUGGCGGCUGGAAGGGUGAAAAGACGAAGCGUAUUCUCACCGCCGCUGCAGGUGCUGCUGCUGUCGACACCGCAACUGAUGACAAGGGAGGAAAGCUGGGCCUGGCUGAGUCUGUGAUUGGUGGCUUAGUCGGCAACCGCCUAAUUCGUGGUUCGAGAAAUGAUAUCGAAGAGGAUCGCAAGACUGGCCGCAGCCGCUCACGCUCGCGAGCCCGCUCCAAGUCUCAGGGUGGUGGCAGCGGAGGCGCAAGUGGUCUUGCCGCUCUUGCGACUGCUGGCCUGGGUGCCCUGGGUGCAAAGAAGGUUCUGGAUCGCUCUCGAUCGCGAUCCAGGAGCCGUAGGGGACGAAGUGCCUCAUACAGUCCAUCUCCAGACAGGCGCCGUCAGCGAAGUCGCAGCCGUAGUGUUGUUGACAAAGCUCGCAACGGUUUGGCCAAACUAGGCCUUGGAGCUGGUGCUGGAGCUGGCGCUGCUGCCGCUGAUGACUACCGCCGUCGCGACCAAGAUGACUUUAGCGACCGCGGUGGCAGCCGUUCCCGCCGAUACUCGGACGAUAUGUACGAUGACCGUCGAUAUGGCAGCAAUCGAGAUUAUUACGAUGAUGAUAGAUCAUACAAGAGCAAGCCCCGAGAGCGAAGACGAGGAGGGCGUUCCGAUUAUUCCUCUUCGUCAUCAGACCUAGGGGAUUCUGAUGAGGAUGAGAAGCGGGCGAAGAAAAUGAGAGGUAAGCAAAUUAUCACCACAGGUUUAGCGGCAGUAGCCACUAUACACGCAGCGCACGAGGUAUACUCUAGCAUGGAAAAGAGAAACGCACGGCACAAAGCAGUCAAGGAAGGACGGUUGAGUGAGAUGGAAGCCAAAAAGCUCAGGACCAAAGCAAUCAUGCAAGACGCCGCAUCAGUCGGUAUCGCUGCUAUGGGCAUCAAGGGAGCCAUUUCCGAGAUGAAGGAAGCCAAAGAGUUGACACAUGAGUGCAAAAAUUUCCAACAAGAGAAGGCUCGUCGUCAUGAGAAGCGAGUGCAAAGGCGCUUACGGCAACAGUCAAUGGGUGACGGUAGGAGGAGAGCAGACAGUUGGGCUCCUUCGUCUCGACGGGAUGGGUAUGACUCGGAUAUCGAGUAUGAAUACUUUGACCCGCAAGACUACGGAGGCAAACCUUACAGAGGCAACACCUUCCCAGCAGAGCCGUAUGGUACAGACACUUACAGAAGGAAUCCCAACGGUCUGCCAUCUCCUCACUAA